AAAAGAAUAUUUUUCUCCUCUAGCCCUCUCCGUUGCACUGAAGCCAGGUGCUAGUCAGCGUGUGUACCGGAUAGUCUGGCGUGCGUUCAAGACAGGCUCAGGGAUGGCACAGCCAAACCACCGCUUUUAACAUCAACCACUCCAGCUGGGGAUUGGGUUUGUCCUCUGUCGACUCUUCCCGCUGAGGUUCUGGAAAUAAGGGAUGAUAGGGGGGAAGAGCAUAAAAUUCGCUGGUCCGUGGUCCCUCUGGGAUUUUGAUGGGUUUUCGUGGACGAAGUAUAUGUACUGUACAACUCCUCAAGGCAAUAUUUACUCACCUAGAUACCAUUGGUACCUAAGUACUUGAGUUUUCGAAGCCUUGAGUGACUGGAUCAACAGCCAUAUACCACUUUACUCUUUUACCUGUCUCCUCUUUCUUUGUCUUUCGUAUUCCGCUCGCUGGUAUUUUAGCUGUAUCACCUGUCCUUCAUACGCCAUAAAUAUGGAAAGACAUGCUUGAACAGUACUUUCACACAGUACGUACUUGACUUUGAUUUAGUUUCCAGUGGGUGACUACGGCCUUAUUUGGGCUUGCUUCUCCUGCUUUACUUUCCUUGUUUGUAAUACCUCCAGGUGGUGUAUGAGGAUACCAAUUUUUUAUAUACCAUCUUUCUCUUUGCAUGGAUUCGCUCAAUAAUUCUACAGAGGUCUGCCCUUAUUUUGAGAAGUGAAUGUGAUGAGGGUCUCUGUUUAAUUUUGUUGUUUGAAGCUUGAACAUGACAUACUUCAUUCACUCAUGAAAGUGAUUUAUAAGAUAUGACUGUUCUUGUUUUUGUCAUCUUCUUCUUUUUCUGAUGCAAUCUUUCUGAUACAAUCAGAUUCUCUGUGUUUCUGAGUGAUGAAGAUAUCUUCUGAGUGAAUAAAAUUGUUCUUUCCUUUGUCAUUCUAUAGCACUUCUUAAGUUUAUUAACUCUCAGCAGUUGUCAAGUUGAGAGAUUACACUCACUUCUCAAUCUAUUUGUUUUUCUUUCUGACAAUAUUCUUUUUUCUGUCUGAUAUUUAGACAUGGUGCAUGGUCUUCUUGUUCUCUAAGAAGACUGCAAAUUUUGCUGUCUAGAUACAAUUUCUAUACUUUCAAGCUAUCAUCAAAACAAUCUGUCACCAUGUCCAGUAUCUUCAAUGGAAUGGAAGUUCCCUUCCAGAACCCCCCUCCUGGGCUAUCCAGGCCCUUUCUUAGGGAUAUGUAUUUGCUAGUUGAACCUCUUGCACCUCUUCCUGACCCUCCUUCAAGAAGCACUCUUCAAUACAGCAUAAAAGAGCGCUCCAAACUUCCCCCUUAUGAGCCCCCUCCCGGUGAUGAAGAUUUUGCUCUAGUCUUCAGCACUGGUGACACCCCACCACCCUCAGAAGCUGGACCUGAGGAAGAUUUCGAAAAUGCCUACUUUACACGUCUCGAGCAGAAAAUCAAGGACUUUGGGCGUUAUUUCAACUCCAAGGCGUGGAUGGUACAUGUGCCGGCCAUGGCGGAGAAACUCGUGAAGGAUGCCACUCCGGGCACCUUCAAGCAUUUCCUUCUAUUGCUACUAGAACCAGACGAGACGUUCGCAAAGGCACAGCAUAGUGUUCAAACCUGGCUUGACGAGAGAUAUUCUGGCCGCGGUGUCGACAAUAUCCCUGAACGUGGGCCCUACGCCUUAUGGGUUGCGGAAAAACAACUACUGCUGGGUGAGAUUGAGCUUCUCCGCAAGCUUGUCGAACCCUUGCGAGACGGGGGCAAGACCAUUUACUGGCUGGAAAAGAACCAUUGCAGGCAUCUAUACACGAUGAGGUCCCUGAAGAAAGCUUACAAGAUAAUCAUUGAGUUUGAGAAUGAGACUACGACUAGGACAAUUCUCAAUGAAGAAGAGGAUUUUUCCCUCUCAACCCUUUCAGGUGAUUUUAGAUUGGCUGUGAUGAGCAUGAGAAUGGCUAGAAUAGACGUGUGCAAAGAGUCACUCUUGAAGCUGCCUCCGCCUACAGUCCCUAAAUUCAACGACCCAACAACUUCCCCUGCCUCUGAACGACGUUUGCACAAAUAUAAGAACUACCAGCCGCGCCCUGAUGGGACAGAACACUUGGACAGACCGGAGUCAUCUCUUUCGCCUCAGCCACAUGAGGACUUGCUCAAAUACAGACUCGAAGCCGCCAACUGCGCAGGCACGAUGGAUGAUGUGAUCGAAACUAUGAUGAACACUGCUCGUUGGCUCGCGAAGGCUCGCUGCACCGAAUCCGUAGACCUUUUCUGCGACGUGGCCAGGAUGUUCUCCCCACACGACCCUCCAGCAAAUCUAUCAAAUGAAAAAUACUCCCUCCUUCGUGUCCUGUGCGAUGCAAUGUUCGACACCGACGACGUUGGCAGCGAAGCGCCCUAUGUCACAGACAGAUAUUCCGAAGACGACCUCGACGUAACAACCAACCGGGAAUACUUCGUUGAUGCCGCUGCAUCGCGUCGCUCCCUGAUGAGGGAUCUACAGCUCCGAAUGGCGGCUGAGCGCCCCAUUGCUCCAACCCAGAUGCAUGGCCAUCGCUUCAGCUCACAUGGGUCAAUCCGACGGGGGAGGAGAAGAGCGCGGAUGCUCAAUAAGCGUGCUAGGUCAGAAAUAGCAUUACCCAGGUCCAUCGCACACCGUUACAAAUUUACGUUACCCGCUGACCCUAGCAACUGGGCCGCGAACUACACCUCGCCGUUCGGUGAAGCCUUCCAGGCAGAGCUGGACCGGCAGGAAGAGAGUCGGGCCUACCAGUGUCUGAAAAUGAUCUGUGAGGAGGGGCUUAAAGCGCGUUCUCGUGCUGUACCUUCUCAGACGGCUCCAGUCCAGCGGGCCAAAGAAAGUGAGGUUAGUACAGUACACUCGUUAUUCAUUUAUCGCCUGAAGCCAGCUCUAAAAAGCAUCGAUAAUUCUAGACGGAUGUAAAGCAGAAACGCCGUGGUUUGAGUGCUCGCUGCAGCGGCAAUCAAGCUUCGGCAAUGAUCAUCGAGGCACUGAUGAAGAAUGGACAUGGGGACGCAGUAUCUGAUGCCCAGGAAAAAGAAAACCUUAUCGUCCCUGGAAGAAGAACGCUUAGGGCCAAGGAACAAGUUGACAAGAGCGUGAGUCGACGCUUUAUCCGCCCAGUCCCCGCCCUUGUUCGUUUCCACAAGGGAAUUUUCUUUACCUUCACCCUUUUUCUUUAGGGUUAUGGCCUUCUGACUAACAUAUAACUCCUCUCUCGUCCGUCCCGUUUGUUUCCCUUCCAGCAACGACAUGUAUGGAGCACCUUCUAGCUCAGCCCCUUUAAACCCAUGAUUAGACAUGAGUUGGUGGAUUUGAAUCAAAGCCACACAUGGGACUCGCUGGGGUUUAAAGAAAAAAAGAAAGAGAGGGAGAGAGAGAGAAAAAGAUUCAUUUCCGAACUGCUUUCUCUUCCAUUCUUUCCGGGUCUCCAGAAAAUUCAUGACAAGUUGUAUUACCCAGGUGGAAAGCAAUAACGAGGAAAUCGUUUCCUUAAUCGGAUUACGCGAGCGGACAUACAUAAGCAUAUCACUUAUGUAUGCAACCUAGCAAAGAAUCACUGCUCUCUUCUGCCCCCGUUUUUCUUUCUACUCCU